UUCCGCAUCAGACGACAUUUCGAUGAAAAGAACGCCGCGUUUGUGAAAAACUGUCCGUAAUUUGGCUUGUGUUUUAUUAAUUUCCCGGGAAAAUCCGCAAUUCGUGGUGUUUAGUGUUCGUCGACGGAAUGACUACCGACGGGGAGAGUAGAUUCAAAAGUGAACGCAGCCGCAGCCAAGAUGAGGACGAAACAUUCUCCAACCAAAAUAGCUGCAGCGGCACUCCGGCAAAGGAACCGGGAAGAUCCCGGGCCCGGGGAAAACUAGUGUUUGAGAUGGAUCGGACGAGGUUUCUGCAGGAUCUGUACGCGUUUCACGAAAAGAAUGGCACUCCAUUCAUGCGUCCACCAAAAAUAGGGAGUCGAGACGUCGAUCUGCACAGAUUGUAUUCGGUUGUUAUUUCACGGGGUGGCUGGUUGAAAGUGAAUUCCCGAGAAGAUUGGGACGAAGUUAUCGAGGAACUGAAACUGCCGAAGCGAUGCGUCAAUAAUGAAAUUGCGCUGAAGCAGAUCUACAUACGGUAUUUGGACAAAUACGAAAGGGUGAAUUUUCAUGGCGAGGAAAAAGAUCCCGCAGAAGAGGAAGACGACGAGAAGCGACACAACCGAAGGUGGACAGCUCGAAUGUUGCACUCGAUUCCGUCGGUGUACAACCAUGCCCAGCAUAACGUGCCGGAAUCGCAGCGCAGUUCCCUGAACAUGUCCUGCGAUCUAUACCAACCGACGGAGUACGAAAAAUUGAUUUUAUCUCUGUUGUCGCCGCUUCCCAAUGAGCAGGAUUUUGCCAUCAAUGUGUGUACGCUGAUGUCGAACGAGAGCAAACACACCCUGAAGGUGGACAAAUGUCCGAAGCUGAUCGAUGUACUCUUGGCCCAUGCUGGGGUCUUCAGUCAUUAUACGCUGCGGGAUAUGUUCGAUGAGUAUUAUGGUAACAUUAGAAAGAACUCUUUACAUCGAUUCUGGAAGGAUUGCUUGUACGAGAAGCCGCAGGUUCUGGAAUUGUCCUACCAAGAUUAUUUUCAAAAGUUGGAAAAAGAUCCAACAGAGUUGAUCAAAAGCAUUUACACCCCGGAUUUGAACAAAAGCAUUGACGAUGAUGAUGAAUGCGGAAUGCUUAACAUGGCCACUUUAAGGUCUUUUCUGAGCCUGGGUCCCGGUUUAGGAACCAACGACUAUAUCGGUCAGAGGGUCUAUCAAAUUGCUUCAAUUUUUAGAAACCUGAGCUUCAACGAUGAAAAUAUUUCGGCCUUAGCUUGCAACAGGCAAUUUCUUAGGUUCUUGAUCAUGUCCGCCAACAGCCGUUGGGGAAAUUUAUGCCACAUGGGUUUGGACAUGUUGGGAAAUGUAGCUACGGAAAUCGAGGUUAACGAUCCUCAGAUGGAUGAAGUGACCCGGUGUUUGGUGUCAACUAUUUCCGAAGGCUUAGAGGGUGUAGACCGAGGUGUCAUCAUCGGCUGUUUGGAAAUUUUAAGUAAAAUGGCUCAGAAAGAAAGCAACGAAGACAAUCUCAAUCGAUGCUUGAAUCAGAAGAUAUACGAUCAAAUUUGCCUGUUUCUAUCACUGAACGACAUCAUGUUGCUAAUUUACACACUUGAGUGCAUUUAUUCUCUCACAUCAGUCGGAGAAAAACCAUGCAACGCUUUUAUGCAUGUCACAGGAAUAAUAGACACCUUGGUAUCACUGGUAUCCGUCGAGGCACAAAGUUAUGGUCCAGACGCUUGCAUUCUGAUGAGAGUUGUCGAAACAAUUCCGGGAAACAUGGCUGGGGUCUAUCCAGGUAAUCACUACCAAAACACUGCUCCAGUAAACCCAUCUCAAGGUCCUACCAUGGCUCAAUUAACGGUUCACAACAAGGACCAGCCAUCGAUUCCGGUACCGAACAUUCCUGCACUUCCGGAGAUUACGAAAACUCCACCGCCUUCUAAACCAGCAUCGCCGGCUCCGGCUCUAUCUCAAUCAAAUGCAACAACCAUGCCAGCUCCGGCUAUUCCCGCCGUAACACAAGCCACCCCCAUCCAGGUGACAAGUGUGACUCGUCCGCCCAGUUCCCAAUCUCCACAGAUACCGGUUAACAUAAUCAGCCGCAACGACCCAAGUUCACCUGCCGUGCAUCAAAAGCUAACCAAGGCAUCCGGCCAAGCCGCAAACACUAACUCAACUGCAUCAGCGUCUGGAUCGCCUUCCGCUGGACCUAUCACGGUCGCCGCCAAACACGCCCAGCAGCAGCAAUCUCAAGAGAACGAACAGUUUGCCUACGCCUGGCUCAAAGCAACCUUCGAAGCAACUCCCUCCCUCACCAGUCGGAUCGAACAGAGUGAAGUGUACAAACUGUAUCUGGCGGCUAAUUCAAAAAUCGGCCGAAAGGCCGUGGUUCCGCAGGUUCACCUUCCGCGCUGUGUGCGAACCGUGUUUGGCGGAAGUGUAGGACCAACGUUGAUAAAAACAACUAGCCCGUGUGGCGUGGAGAAUAGUAAUUAUUUUUACGAGGGGAUAAAGCUACGACCAAAGCUACCACAAUCAUCACUGUCCGGCACAGGGGCUCAGAAGGGAGUAUCGAUGCUGCUACAGUCCGAUAAAACCCUUGUGCAGCCCAAACUAGCCGGCGGAGGACCAAUAUCCGGCAAAGGCGCCGCUGCCGGAAAACCCGUCUAUAUUACACAAUUGGCCAAUAAGAGUGUGGUAAUGAAUCCCGAGAAUGACUCCCAAGGAACCUCUCAAUUAUCCGGCGAUUCGAAAAACAACGUCAUCGUGGUCAACCAAACGACCAUUUCACCACAACCGCUCGGUUCGAUGGUUCAAGGUUUGCAGCAACCACAGCAGGCCACCGGCACCACCACGAUCAUGAACCAGUCCGGGACGAUCUCGUCCACGACGACGAACCCGUCGGCCCUGAUCAAGAGCCUGCUGGCCAAUAAGGUAACGACGGUGACUAGCAACGAGUCGGCCGCUACCAGUUCAUCCGGCGGCAUCGUUGUUUCGUCUAGCUAUUCUACUGCUACCAGUAGUUUUUCGUCUACUACCACUAGCCCUUCUACUCCUGCUACUAGCCAAAGUUUGAUUGCAUCGAAUGUUAACGUGCAUCAGGUUGCACAACGCCAACAAUUGCUAAAGCAAAAGCAGAUGAAGUCACCUUCGCCAGUAGCAAGCCCACCACCUAACAGCUCAGUGGUUGUUACAUCAAACAAUCCAAAUAAUUUGACCAACAUCAAAGUGGGCAAUUCUACGAUAUCUAUUAAACCUGGUACACUCCCAACUAAUACCGUAAUAACCGCAACGAAUCCUCAUGAGAUGAAUCCGCCACCGCUUGCACCUUUGAGUCAGAAUCCAGGUGGACACAUGAAAUCGUUAACAGGUAAUAAGAUGCUGGCAGACUUGCUGGAUAAGAAAACCAAUGAUCCUCCGGUAUUUGCCAUAGGUGAAACUACCGUGAAACGAAAAAGUGACAUAGACGGAACGGAGCCUCCUUCGAAGAAGAUAGAUAUGGAAACCGAAGAAGUCAAAGUGACUCCGAAGGCAGCCGAUUUGUAUGCAGAACUCGCUGGGUCGAUUUUGGAAGAUGAAGACAUGGAAGAUAUCGAGAUGAAACCGAAAGAGGAACCAAAGAUAAAGGUCCAAACAGCUCCAGCUCAGCAAGUUAUCACGAUGCCCAUGCAGCGACAAAUCAUCAUGGCUCCCAAUAAUCCACAACCGAUGCUGCUUUCGCCUGGUGGUUCCGGUCAGCAUUUAACUGCCCAAACCACCGCCACGAUUAAAACUGACAGUGGCUAUCAAACAGUCCCGAUUCUCUUACAGCAUAAUCAAAAUCAGAUCCAAAUUCAGAAAACGGCACCAGUAAUGACACCAACGGUCAUUUCCAAUCCUCAACAAACCACGCAAUAUAUUCUAGCAACCAAUCAACAGGGACAGACGUACGUUGUAGCUCAGCAACCACAACCACAGCCUCAGAUGCAACAAACCGUCCUUCUUACGCAGAACCCCCAAACCGGAGCCCAGCAAAAAACCAUCAUUAUUUUGCAACAGCAACCACAGCAGAGUUCUGGGUCACAAAUGCAGACACAGCAAAUUCAGGCACAACAAAUUCAGACGCAGCAAAUGCAGGCACAAUCUCAAGGACAUCCUCCGCAGAAAGUGUUCGUCAAUCAGCAGGGGCAGCAGAUCAUCAUGACACAGGUUCCUAGGCAGGUGCAGCAUCAGGGUAAUACCAUCAGCAUCGAAGGGACUUCGCAGCAAAUAAUCAAAAGCAGUCAACAGCCGGCGCAGAUAAUGCAGCAACAAACGCACCAACAGAUACAACAAAUCAUUCAACAAGGCGGCGGCCAGACAUUCCAAAUCAUCCAGCAACCGGCCCAGCAGACUUCGUCUCAGCCAACCCAGCAAAUUAUGAUUCAAUCGCAACCACCUCAGCAACCCCAACAAUCGCAAAUAGUGAUACAGCAACAACCACAUACGAGUCAACAAAUGCAGCCGCAAAUAAUCUCCCAGCAAAUUAUCCAACCAGCGACCCAACAGCAACCCCAGGUAGUUCAGAAAAUUAUUCAACAAAAACUCGUUCAUGCACCUUCUCAACAUCAUCAACAAAAACAACAACCGCAAAUAAUUACGGUGCAGAAACAACCAAUCUCACACAGCUCUGGCGCCACGACAAUUACUAAACAAACAGCCACUACAUCGUCUCCGCAGGUUGGCCAGCUUCCCACCAAGACCAUCAUCGUUCAACAGCAGCCAUCAACAACUGGUGGUACGCCCCAAAAACAGGUCAUUCAAGUUCUCCAGCAAAAGAUAUCAUCUCCGUCGCCCCAAUCAGCCGUACUACAAAAAUCUCAAAUUGUGCAUGGACCAGGACCCCUUCCCGCGAAAGCAGCCGUUCCACAAUCCCAGCUUUCUGUGGAAUCAACCAUUCAUUCCGCGAGUGCAACCUCAGCUGCCCUAACGUCAGAACCAACCAAGCAUGCUUCCAAAUCUACGAUUUUGGUGUCGCGUGAACCUGCAACUACAGUUGCCCCCGCAUCUUCAGCUACAGUAACCGCCGUUCAUACAAAAGGUGCUACUACCACCUCCGUGAUUCCAGUUACAGCGUCAUCCACUACCACGACAGUCACAGCGGGACUUCCGACAGCCACAGUUCCCGUUGCCGGUUCUAACAGUACCAUACAGAUGAUUCCUGCCAUGGACCCAUCCAAGGCCGUAGAUGAGGAUGUUGAUCCGAGUUGGCCGUGGGUGUGCGAUUGGCGUGGAUGUCCCCGGAAGAAGUUCUCCUCGGCCAACGAGGUGUACAUCCAUGCAUGUGCGGUGCACUGUCCGGACACGGUCGAUUCCGCUGCCGAUAUCUACUGCCAGUGGGGACCAGGGCCAAACUUGUGCGAUAAUCUGCCACGGAAGCGGUUCUCGCUGAUGACCCACAUUUUCGAUCGGCACUGCACCAGCGAGUCUUUCAAACAAGCUGUACAGCGACGCGUUUCCAGUAGCGGCACAUCCACCACCCAACAGGCAUACCCGGUGACCCUGGUUCGUCAACCGGCCAGCAAUGCUCCGGGAUCGUCCGCCUCGUCAACGACAUCGGAAUCGUCAGCAUGUAGCUCUCCGGCACCGCCAUCAGCCCCGCAACCGCAAGGCGCGGGAAUUUUAUCUUCGGCUGGACCUGCCGCGAUGCAUGCUAUCAAAAGACAUGCAAUUGAUUGGAUCAACGCUAAAGAAUUUCAGGACGACAUUGAAGGACCGGUAACGAAAAGUAUUCGUCUAACGUCGGCAUUGAUUUUAAGAAAUCUUGUCGUUUACAAUAAUUCUGCUAGAAGAGCUCUUCGGGCAUACGAGCCUCAUCUGGCGGGAGUUGCAAUGAAUAAUGUUGAAUCAAGCCGCACUAUUUCCCAAGUAUUAUUUGAAAUGAACGAUGCACAACCAAACUAUUGAAACAAUUGUCAUAGAUUGAGUCUUGAAAGUUUAGAUUUACACUAAAAGUUUAUAUUAUGAAGUCUCUCAAAUUUGCUUUGCAAAUUUUCAUAUUUUAAUGUGUUACAACCCACACACUAUUUUCAGUAAACUAUGUAAAAAGUAUUAUACACAUA